AUGGCUGAUGUUGUAGAAAUCCAUGGAGGGAAUGACUUUGAGGAGGAUGCAGAGGGUGAUAGUGGUAUUAUGCGUCUAAAGGAGCAAGCAACUAAAAGAAAGGGUCGUGGUUUUCGUGGAGAGGCGGCAACUCGUCCUCAAGAGGAAGCCUAUGAGUCUCUUAGAACAGAUGAAAAUACUUCUGCCCAUGGGCCACAGCGCUCGAUUGAGGGCUGGAUCGUCUUUGUGCGCAACGUCCAUGAAGAAGCCACAGAUGAGGACAUUCGUGACAUGUUUUGUGAGUACGGAGAGAUUAAGAACAUUCACCUGAAUCUUGAUCGUCGUACAGGUUUUCUGAAGGGCUACGCUCUGGUGGAGUACGAAACCUUUAAGGAAGCUAAUACCGCUCUUCAAGCUCUUAAUGGAGCUGAGCUUCAUGGACAGAAAAUCUCAGUCAAUUGGGCUUUUGUGAAGGGAACUGGUAACAGCAGCAAUGUAGGUCGCGGAAGAGGCUACAAGUCAACUCAUCAUCAUAGUCGUUCGCGUAGUCGCUCAAGAUCUCGGGAUCGAGCUCGUCAUUAA